AUGGCAACCAAUCUCGGCGAUGCGGAAUCAGGAAUUGCUGGCAUUCUUCGACAGUCUGCACAUCCAGCAGUCCUCUUCUUCCUUUACUUCUUCCGAGCAGUAGCAAUAGCUGUCUACAUCCUGUCCGGUCUCUUCAUCUCAAAUUAUGUCCUUUCUUCCGUGAUUGUGGUGGUCCUCCUAGCCAUGGAUUUCUGGAAUUGCAGAAAUGUAGCUGGGCGGAGACUAGUUGGUCUCCGCUAUUGGAACCAGGUCGACGAUGAUGGCGAGAGUUACUGGGUGUUCGAAAGUCGUGACCCAUCUCGACCAGCGAACCCAAUCGACUCGAGGAUGUUCUGGAUCGCGGUCUACACCUUCCCGCUCCUCUGGCUCGCCCUCCUUAUCGUCUCGAUCCUCAAAUUCAAUCUCUCGUUCGUGCCCAUCGUCGUCCUCGCGCUCGUCUUCAACAUCACGAACGCCAUCGGCUUCACAUACGCCGACCGCGAUGCCAAGCAGAAGUGGGCCAACAACCUCGCGUCCUCGGGCUGGAGCUUGGGCGUGGGAGGCCUCGGCGGCCAGAUACUCUCCGGCGUGGUCAAGAACAGCGUCGGACGUGUGUUCGGCUGA